CUUCCGCUCACCACAGACAGGAGGGUGGGGACAAACAGCUGGUAAGCGAUGCCGUGAUCCUACCGCCGAUCGGCUGUUUUUCCGCACCGAUGAACGCCUUUCCCGGAGCCACUGCAGGAAAUGACCGAGAGGCCUUACAGAUAGUUUGUGCUUUUGUUACUUCAGUCUGCGUUUGCUGAGAGAGUCCUAUCUGGAAGCACAUUUGUUUCCAUUGUGAGUAUUAACUACCUCAGAUACUGCAAAUAGAUCAAGAAAGAGAGAGAGCCCGGCCAUCUCUCUCCGUCUCUCAGCUGCUCCAGAACCCUCUGACCGACCGGAUCCGUCAGAGCCAAGCACAAACGGAACGUGCCAAGGAACACUUUCCUCCUUUCGGAAAAUUUUGAUGACAGAUUUUUUUUUAGAGUUUUCUAUUUUUAUUAGAGGUCUACAGAAAGCUGGAAUUCAGAAGGUUUUUGCUUCCAAUUGAAGGAUUGACGAUGCACUACGGCUUGAAGAGGACACGCAGGGCGGUCGUCUUUUUUCCCUUGUGAUGCACAUGUGAAGCGCUUCUUAGGGAAAACUACACACCGACAGGACCGUUUCGUUUGGAUAUUUAGUUGUUUUUGAUGUGAGCUGCAUCCCGGGUUGCAGCUGGCCUGCAGAAUUCUUCAGAUCUCUCCCGGCAUCUCCAGACGUUGCCGUGUCUCUGAUGGAAACUUUAAGCUGUCCGUUUACCCAGCAGGCCCAGGUUAGGUGGCAUUGAGAACCCGCGCGCAGGUAAAGCAGGACUUGGAGGACACGUACACCCGGGCCAGGUCCAACACUUAUGUAUUGUUGCAGCGCACAAGAAAGUAAAAUGGACUACAAGCUGCGCUUUUUGAUUGGCGGGUCCAAGCACAAAGUGCAGCAACACCAGCAGUACCCGUUGCCCGAGCUCAGCCGGACCCUCAGCGCCCCCUUGGGGUCUUCCUGCUCCACCCCGUCUCCCAUGGCGAACAUAGGCUCCGCCCCUUCCGCCCCAGCCCUGGGCACUACCACGGCGAUUGCGGACAUCCAGCAGGGUAUCUCCAAAUACCUGGACGCGCUGAACGCCUUCUGCCGCGCCAGCGCGUUCCUGACGGAGCUCUUUGGCAGUGUGUUCCGGGACUCCCGAUAUUCCAAAGCAGCUAUGCAACUGAAAGACGUGCAGGAACAUGUCAUGGAAAUGACCGGCAGACUCACCACCGCAAUAAAGCCGGAGAUCGGCAAGAUGCUGAUGGAGCUCAGCGCGGGCGCGGCUAACUUUAAAGACCAAACCGACUUCAGCCUGCAGGACGUUGAGGUGUUGGGUCGCUGCUUCCUGACCGUCAUGCAGGUGCAUUUUCAGUUCCUGUCACAGGCGUUGCAAAAAGUGCAGCCGGUUGCGCAGUCGUGCCUGGCAGAAGCGCUCGCACAGGUUCAGGAGAGGCGAGGGAACGCACACACCCAGAACACAGGCCACGGGCCUCUGACGGACCUGGAGGAAGCCGUCCGCUCAUGGAAAGGAGCUUCGGAGGUGACGGCGUGUCUCAGGGAGAGAGGGAGAGACGGCUGUCUGUCUGGCAUUCAGGUCCAGCAGCUCUUCUGCUCUCAGAACACCUGUAUACCUGAACAUCAACUGAAAGAGCUCAACGCCAAGAUCGACCACGCGCUGCAGGCUUAUAAAGCAGCAUUAGACUCUUUGGGUCACAGUGAAUACGCUCUGAAGGCUGGAUUUCAACUUAAUCCUAAAGCAGUUGAAGCAGCGCUGCAGGGCUGUUGCAGCGAUGCAGAAGCGCAGCAGGCCGGACGGUUUCACACCACGUCUCAGGCCAUCCAGUGUGAGUUACCCACAAUCCUUGUCCAGAUCGGCUCUCAUCUGCUCAGAGGAGUUUCCUACAACGAAAGCGCGUCAGACAACCUGAAACUGAAAACGCAUGCCGUGCUGCAGAUGAUCAAAGACGCAGUAGAUCAGAACGGCGGGGCGGUGCGAGACGACUCCCCCGUCACAGAGGUGCUGAGUCAGGUGUGUCCCUCCAGCUGGAGAGGAGCGUGUAAGACCGCCGUUCAGCUGCUGUUCGGACAGGCCGGACUGGUGGUGGUCGACACGGCUCAGAUCGAGAAUAAGGAAGCUUACGCCCCUCAGAUCUGUCUUGAAGGAUCUAAAGUUGUGAUCCAGGUUCCCUCCACAUGGUGUCUGAAGGAAGAUCCAGCCACCAUGUCUCUCCUGCAGCGCUGUCUGGAUCCAGAGAAAACCCUCGGCCUGGUGGACGUGCUUUACACAGCCGUCUUUGACCUUCACAGCUGGAAGGAGCGCAAGGAACAAGCUCUGCCCACCAUACAGAUACAACUACAGCGCGACGUAACCGAUUACAGCAGCCCUGUAGAUCUUCCAACAGGACACAGCUCCAAGCCUUCCAGCGGCCUCCCCAAAACCAUCUCCAAACUCACCUCACGCUUCACCAAGAAAACCUCCUCCAACUCAAGCGCGGGGGGCAGUUACUCCAUCCCCAGCACCCCAUCUCGAAGUGCCCUCACCAGCAACUCGGAAGACAAACCCGGGCGUUUGCACAGCCUGUUGCAGAUGAGCAGCAUGCCUUGCACGCCCGACCCCAGCCACGCUCAGAUGGCUAACGGGGCGUCCCCGGACGAGCAGGGCAUGAACCUGCCCACCGACCAGGAGAUGCAGGACGUCAUCGACUUCCUGUCGGGCUUCAACAUGGGCAAAUCCCAGCAGGCAUCCCCGCUGGUAAAGAGAAGGAACUCCGUGGCGUCCACCAACGCAGCUGACUUGAAACCGCCCAGUGGAGCAGCUCCGCCCACCUCGCAGGCUCAAGUCGCUCAUAAUGUGUUGCAGUCGCUGGCACAAAGCCUGCAGCAGUCGACGCCACCGCAACAACAACAGCAACAACUACCGUCUACCCCCAAACAACAGCAGCUUCCACAGUCACAGCCCACAUCCCAAGCCCUGCAGUUCUACCAGCAUCUGCUGCAGCCGAUUGGUCAGCCGCAGCCUCAACCGCAGCCACAGCAGGCGGCGCCUGUCUCCCCGCAGCUUUCUUCGCAGCCUCCUCAGCCUCUCUCGCAACGAAGAGUCCCCAGCAAGUGGCCGCAAGGUCCGCUGGGCGGUCUCUCCCCGAUCGGACCCAUGUCUCAGUGGGCCGCUCCGGGCCUGCCGGACCUCAGCUCGGACCUCUACAGCCUGGGGCUGGUCAGCACGUACAUGGACAGCGUCAUGUCGGAGAUGUUGGGUCAAAAGCCACCGCAGGGCCCGCGGAACAACACCUGGCCCAACAGAGACCAAAGUGAGCAGAGUCUGUUCGGAGUGCUGGGUGACUCCAUGCCCUUUGACCCGGCAGUUGGGUCGGAUCCAGAGUUUGCGCGUUACGUUGCUGGUGUGAAUCAGGCCAUGCAGCAGAAACGUCAGGCGCAGCACGUUCGGCGCCCCAGCAACACCCGCAGCAACUGGCCACACCCUGAUGAGCAGCACCGUGGCUGGCCACACCCAGAAUACUACGAGGGGGAGGCGGUCAACAGUGGCUGGUCAGCCAAUCAGGGCGACUCUGCCAGCUCGAGUGACGAGACGUCUUCAGCCAACGGGGACAGUUUGUUCUCCAUGUUCUCUGGGCCUGACCUGGUGGCAGCUGUUAAACAAAGACGGAAACACAGUUGUGGUGAACAGGAAGUGUGCACUCUGCCCUCUCCUCCGCUCCAUCACUGCAGUGACGACAGUAACCAGGACUGCAAAACUAAAACGUGGCCUCCUAAAGCUCCCUGGCAGCACUCCUCACACACCAACACCAUGCCCAAUCCCAGCUCUUCCCUCUAUCAGAUGACCAUCCCCUCCAGCCAAUGGAGCGACUCCAUGCAAAUGCUGCAGUCUCCGGUGUGGUCGACAGCCAGCGACUGCCCUCCAUCCUCUGGGAUCUCCUCCCGCUUCCCCUUCACACAACAACAACAACAACAACAACAGCAGCAGGUCGCCCAGCAGAAGAUCCUGAACAAAGGCUUUAAAACCUUCCCGCUCAAACCUGAGCACCGACCCUCGUACCUCCACCAGUACUGAGCACCUGAUCUGAGAUCUGAGUACUGCUCACUGAACCAGGCUGCGUUCAGAGGCUCAGCUUAUCGUGGAUGAGAUUCACAGCACUCAUCCGGUGCUUCGUACAAACACCGCCGGAGUUUCUACCUUGUGCUAAAGUUUGCAGUAAAACCCACGUCCUCCCGGUCCAGACUUCACGCGUGUAGAUUAGAUUUCGUUCACCUAGUGUUUUCAUAGGGAAGUUUGCAUUUAACAUAGUGGUUAAUAACGGUUUUGUACACAGAUGCGUGUCAAUCCCCCAAACAGAAACGUAACUGCCUUUCUCACUGUCCAAAAAUGCAUGAUUUAUUUAACAGCAGUUAGUCUGACCAUUUCACUGGCAGCCGGUUCGCUCCGAGCCGCACGGCGCAACUGAAGAUGUAAAUGUGAGCCCAUGGCGGAAAGCUCGUGAUAGAUUAAAGAUGCGUCUAAAAAGCUUCAGUCUUGCCGUGGCGAUCGGGUUUGCGUUUACACGCUGGGUCUCCUGAGGCGACAUUUCGAAAUGCAUGGCCAUCGUGCUCACACACAGCGCUCUAUUGCAGCUGCAUUACGAAGAUCAAGGGGGGUCCCGGUUCAUGAACCGGACGUCCCCCAGAAACCAUACUGUGUUUAAAUAGCUGUAACUGCCAAAUCUCCCGUCACAUGACCCAGACUGCAGCUCUCAGCUACUGUUCCAUAGCUUGUUAAUGACUCUGGAAAAAAAAAAAGAAUAAAAAAGAACUAUAAAUAAUUCACUUUUUAUGAAGAGGCUUUGAGCAGGCUCGGCAGAAAUAUAAUAACCAUAGCAGAGGUGUAGUUUGAAAAAAAUACACUACUUUUUCAACAUCUGACAUUAAAAAAAUUAAGAAAAUAUAAAUAAAAAAGGAUGUUAGCAGUAAGUAAACUUGUGCCAUGUUGUUUUGAAUAGCACUUGCAGAUAUUUUCUCUAACCAAAGGAUUGUUUAGAAGGGGGAAAUGGUGCUUGAAAUAAAUAGAAAUGCCGUUUGGGAGCCGUAGUUAGAAAUAUAUAUAUAUAUAAAUAAAUAAAAAUGUAUGGAAAAUCAAAUUUCUUCAUGUGCUUUUUUUCUGAUUGGCUGACUUUCUUCACGAAGACACUAAUGCUUACAAUGAGAAAAACAUUUUAUUCCUUUAAAAUACAAUAUAUUUCUUGUACAAAUAUUGACAGUAUUAAUCUUAUUUUUGUAUUUUCUUACACAUUAUAUCAUUACUGUAUACAUUAGCGUAAUAUAGGCUUAUUAUUAGGUAUAAACAUUAUUUUCCCAAGAUGUGAAGCACAUUUUUUCUUUCCUAUAGAGUUUAACUUUGCAGAGGAUCCAAAUACGCCAUUAUAAACACUAAUAAACAAACAUUACGGUCAGAUGGGGGUGGUUUUUUGGUUUCUGUGGUUUGGGCUGCAUCUUAAAGGCCCAGAAUGUUCAUUUCUGUGAUGUUUGCUAAUACCAAUGUUGCCUGUAUUUAUGAUAUGACCAUGUUUUCUGAAAACUAACAUACUUACCAUGUUUACAGAGAAUCGUUUGCUGUAUAGAAAUAUCUCUUUUUAGAGUUCUGUGCUUUGCACAAUCAAAAUGUAGAUUUGUUGCUUUUUGUCUGUGUUUUUCUCCCAAACGUUGCGAUUUUUUUUUUUUUUAAAUAAGACAACAUCAUUGAUGACCUUGGACUGUAACGCUCAACAUUUCUAAGCUGUGUCAAAUGGUUUACUAGUGGCUUCAAAACAUUAAAAAUUUAAAAAGAGAGAUAUUGAUGUUGACCGGGCAGAACACACGAGGGGGGGCUGCUUGGCUUCUGUUGCUUAUUGUCCACUACAGCUGGCAACCGAUUAUUUCCAAGUGUACCAGCAGUGCAAAAAAUAAAUAUAUAACAUAAAACAA